UUUCCGCCACAGCCCACACCCACAUCCGCCCCGCCCUACCCAACCGCGACGCCCUCGCAGUACCCAGCACACGCAAUCUCGAACCAGCAGCUGGCAGAUGAAGCGCAGGGCGCCGCAGAAAUUACUAAGCCGGACGAAGAGGUGACGCGGACGAUAUACAAGCCGCGCCCGCUCUUCUGCGUCGUGUGUGCGAGCAACCAGAAUCGGUCGAUGGAGGGGCAUUAUGUGUUGUCAAAGGCUGGCUUCCGCGUUGUCUCCUCUGGGACAGGCUCGGCCGUCCGCCUGCCCGGCCCUGCUAUCGACAAGCCAAACAUAUAUCCGUUCGGCACGCCGUACAAUGACAUCUAUGAGGAACUCGAGAAGCAGGAUCUCCGUCUAUACAUGGCAAACGGCCUCUUGCAGAUGCUGGACCGUAACAGGAAGCUGAAGCUUGCGCCUGAACGGUGGCAGGAAAGCAAGACUGUCGCAGACAUUGUGAUUACAUGCGAAGAGCGGUGUUUCGAUGCGGUUUGUGACGAUUUGUUGACAAGAGGAGGGGAUUUCAACAGGCCCGUGCACGUCAUCAACAUCGAGAUCAAGGACAACCACGAAGAGGCACAUCUUGCAGGGAGGGCCAUGGUUGACCUCGCUUCCGCGAUCGAAGCCUCGGACGACAUUGACGAGGACAUGGACAAGAUUCUCCAAACACACCAGGAGAAGCAUCCACACUCGAUCCUACACGCGGUCGCAUACUACUAA